AUGAAUUCCUUUGGAUCAUCAACAGCUGGAGCCGGAUUGCCGAAUGCAACUCAAUCGAGUCCUGCAGUGGGACCAACUAGUGCCCAACUUGCGGCGCGACAGGUAAUGCCCCGUGAGUUGCCCAAGUUCAAUGGCGAUCCCCAGGAGUGGCCUAUCUUCUACAGUUCCUUCAAGAAUACUACGGAGGUAUGCGGAUAUACCGAUGCAGAGAAUUUGGCCCGUCUACAGCGAAGUUUGGGAGGUUCUGCAUUGGAAGCCGUACGAAGUCGUCUGCUGUUACCAGCGUCAGUUCCUUCGCUUCUGAAGAAAGUGAGGAACGUGCCAGCCCCGAAAGCGGAGAACCUGAGUUCGAUUGUGGCUUAUGGUUUGGCCAUUCAGAACUUGGUCGACCACAUCAUCUUGGCCGAUCAGCAAGCACAUUUGGCGAACCCAAUGCUGCUUCAGGAGUUGGUCGAUAAGUUGCCCACAUCUCUCAAGAUGCAGUGGGGAACCUACAAGCAAGGCGUUGCAUAUGUCAACCUGGCGACAUUCAACGGUUUCAUGGCAGGCCUUGUGAACUUGGCGUCGGAGCUCACAAUCGAUGUGGACUGCGCACAGAACCAGCAUAAACAAGUUCGCGCGGAGAAGCCGAAGCCAAGGGAGAAGUUGUUCACUCACGCCAACGAAUCGUCCGAUGCAGCCAGGAAGGAAAAGAACACGUCGGCAGAAAGGUCUGUGUCAAAAGCCUGCUCGUAUUGCGGAAAGGACAAUCAUCAGAUCCUGAACUGUUCCAGUUUCAAGUCUUUGGAUAUUGGAGCGAGGUGGAAAGCAAUGCGUCAGAAGAACCUAUGUCGUCUGUGUUUAGUUCCGCAUCGGAAAUGGCCAUGCCACUCGAAAAAGGAGUGUGGCGUGGAUGGCUGUCGUUUUCGUCAUCACAUGCUGCUGCAUAGUAACCAGCAUAGCCGAGGCGAAUCCGCUGAGACAACGAAGCCAACCGAAGCGGUACAGCACAACUACCACCACACGAAGUCGUUUUCUCUCUUCCGUUAUCUGCCAGUCACGAUUUACGGAGACGGGAAACAGGUAGAAAUCUACGCGUUCCUGGACGACGGAUCAUCGUCGACGUUACUGGAAGAGGCAGUUGCAGUUCAGUUGGGGAUUAACGGAGAGCCGGACAACCUUUGUCAAACGUUGAACUAUUCCGAUCUGUCGAGAUCCUAUCCACAUCUACAAGGUCUUUUCGUCAGCAGUUACGUGAAUGCGAAACCCAGUAUGAUUAUCGGCAUCGAGCACGUGCAUCUCCUCACCAGUCUGAAGCUUCGCGAAGGCGGAAGAAGUGAUCCAGUCGCAACGAAAACUCGUCUCGGUUGGUGCGUCUACGGAAGAAAUUCGGGAAGUGAAGGAUCCGUGGAACAGCUGAAUCUGCACGUCGGUCAGGAGAUGAGUAACAGUGAUCUGUACGACUCGAUGAAGAAGUAUUUCGCCGUUGAAGAAGCUGUGGUCACGAAGCAUCUUGAGUCCGACGAAGAUCAACGAGCGCGCAGCAUUUUGGAGGCAACCACAGUCCGCCGAGGUUCUAGAAUCGUGUCUGGUUUGCUGUGGCGAAAGGACAAUAUCCACUUUCCCGAGAGCUACAAGAUGGCCAUGAACCCCAGGAGUCUGGGGUUGGAGAAGCGUCUGUCCAGAGAUUCGGAACUUCGACAGAGAGUGAACGAGCAGAUCAACAGCUUCGAGCAAAAGCAGUACAUCAGUAAAGCAUCAAAGCAAGAAGCCGACAGUCUAGAUUCCCGCCGUGUCUGGUAUCUACCGCUGGGAGUAGUGAUCAAUCCUAAGAAGCCAGGCAAGAUUCGGAUGGUUUGGGAUGCGGCCGCGAAAGCUUAUGGAGUCUGCUUCAACGAUAUGCUGCUGAAGGGUCCGGAUCUUCUCGUACCGCUAGUAAACGUUUUACUGCGAUUCAGACAGGGGAAAGUCGCCGUGUGCUCCGACAUUCGGGAAAUGUUCCUCCGAAUCCUCAUCCGUGAUGAAGACAGAUGGUCGCAGUGCUUUCUUUGGAGAAGUAGUCCGGAGGAAGAAGUACAAGUUUACGUAAUCAACGUGGCGAUGUUUGGUGCAACCAGCUCGCCAUGUACAGCGCAGUUUGUGAAGAACUGGAAUGCUUCUGAAUACAGCGAACAGUACCCCAGAGCAGUGGAAGCAGUGACCAAGAACCAUUACGUGGAUGACUUCCUCGACAGCGUCAACUCGGUGGAAGAAGCAGUACAGUUGGUACAGCAAGUGAAGGAUAUCCAUGCAGCAGCCGGUUUCCAGAGAGACGAGUACAGCGAUCAGUAA